AUGACCCCGAGGGUGUUGGGAGUGUGGCUGCCUUCAGCUCUGCUCCUCCUGCAGGUCCUAGGCUGUGUCCCUCUGCGUGGCCCCAGCACCGUGACAGACGCCGUGGGGGAAUCCCUGAGUGUGCAGUGUCAGUAUGGGGAGAAAUACAAGAGCAAGGUCAAAUAUUGGUGCAGACACUUGCUUCAACGAUGUAAAGUGAUUGUCUGGACCAGAGGCUCAAAAGAAGCUAGGAGUGACCGAGUGUCCAUCAGGGACCAUUCAGCCACCCUCACCUUCACGGUGACCUUGGAGAACCUCGCCCUGGAGGAUGCAGGCACCUACAAGUGUGGAGUGGAUGUACCGUUUAUCAUUGGCUUCUCGAGGGAGCAUAAUCCCUCCUUGGGAAUUGUUUCCUCCUUCAAGGUUGUGGUGUCCGUGGUCCCAGGUAAGCCCCCUUACACAGGCUCUGUGCCUGAGGACAGAACAAACACUGUGGGGUCUCCCACAUCCUCACCAGUGCACACUCAGCCCAGCGUUACCACAGAGAACACAACUCCUGGUCCCAGCCUACAACCUCGGUCCCUGCUGAGCAGCAUCUACUUCCAGCUCCUGGUCUUUCUGGAGCUGCCCCUGCUCCUGAGCAUGCUCAGUGCGGUCCUCUGGGUGCACAGACCUCAGAGGUGCUCUGGGGAGAAGCGGCAUCGCCCCGGUUAUGAGAAUCAGUGACGUCUGGUGACAGUGAAGUCCUGUCCAUGUCACCGCACGCAGCUCCCCUGGUGGCAGAGGACAAUCUGUGCUGCUGAGAAAACUCUGAGAUGUCUUAGAAGAGUCUUUGUGCUGUGCCAAACACAUGAAAGAAUGUGCCUAAUAAAUACAUAUACGUUUUAA